AUGGUUGACUCCAUACGGCAUUUGUCACUCAAACUGCGUCAAUGUUCUGACAAAUUAGUUCAGCGUGUCAAUGCUGAACAGAACGCCGCCCUGAUAUCCUCACCCACAGACAGACGGACGUCACGUGCCAGUUCCACAGAUAGUGUACCCACUUCAACCAAAUUCGCACUAAGUGAUGCUCUGGAGAAUAUGCGAAUGAUCAAUCAGCAGCUCAAGAUGGUUGAUGAGUUGUUGUUCUCGCAAGGUUGGAACGAAGGACAGCAACAACAACAACAGCCAACAACAACUCGCAGUGACUCAUCCGACCACGGCACAGGAAAGACCGGUCCCAAUCUGUUCACCUUUGUCCCGAUUGAUCGGAAUGAACCAUCCAGUCCCCAGGUCUCUCGGGACCUACCCUUGUCCGCGCCAGUGAAUCGAGUGGUUCUUCAUCCUGGGACAAAAGUGACCACAAAAACCAGGACUUCAGCAUUUGUCUUACCAGGACAGGUGCCACCUCAAAGUCAAACACUUCGACCCCCCAUGGACGAAGAGGACGAGUACUAUUGA